AAGAAGGGCGUCUGCAGGGAGGGAUUGGCGGAGGCCGUGCAGAAGAAGCUCCAGGCCGAAGUGGAGAAGGAACAGCAGGUGCCAAAAGGUAACCUCUAAACGAACCUUAUGAAGAAAACAUUGCCCUUUGCCUUACGUCUGAAAUGAAAGUACGCAGGGUUAACAAGAACAAGAAAUGAAUUGGAGAAAUUAUAUUUCAAGCUACAUACCUUUGAAUGUAAGGAAAGGAAGGAUUGUGCUGUAAAAAGAGGGGUUGGUAAAGAGAAAAUAAGGCUACAGCAAUACAGAGACUGGGAAGAGGAAAUAUCCUAUUCAGGAGUCCAUAUCUGUGAACUUCAGGCAUAAUAUUUGAAUAAUAAAUGUUAAAAAAUGGAAAAUUCGUUGUCAAAAUCACACACAGGGGAGAAGCGACAUAAUUGUAAGGACUGUGGGAAAUGUUUCAUUGGGAGAAGUUCUCUUGCUAAACAUCAACGAACUCACACAGGAGAGAAGCCAUAUAAAUGUGUGGAAUGUGGAAAGAGCUUCAGUCAGAGUGGACAUCUGCGUAUCCAUCAAAGGAUCCACACAGGAGAGAAGCCACAUACAUGCGUGGAAUGUGGAAAGAGAUUCAGUCAGAGUGGAAAUCUACGCAUCCAUCAAAGGACUCACACAAGGGAGAAGCCACAUACAUGCAUGGAAUGUGGAAAGAGAUUCAGUGAGAGUGGAAAUCUACGCACCCAUCAAAGGACUCACACAGGGGAGAAGCCACAUACAUGCAUGGAAUGUGGAAAGAGCUUCAGUCAGAGUGGAAAUCUACGCAUCCAUCAAAGGACUCACACAGGGGAGAAGCCACAUACAUGCAUGGAAUGUGGAAAGAGAUUCAGUAAGAGUGGAAAUUUACGCAUCCAUCAAAGGAUGCACACAGGAGAGAAGCCACAUAAAUGCAUGGAAUGUGGAAAGAGCUUCAGUCACAGUGGCAGUCUACGUUUCCAUCAAAGGACUCACACAGGGGAGAAGCCACAUAAAUGCAUGGAAUGUGGAAAGAGCUUCAGUCACAGUGGCAGUCUACGUUUCCAUCAAAGGACUCACACAGGGGAGAAGCCACAUAAAUGCAUGGAAUGUGGAAAGAGCUUCAGUCAGAGUGGAGAUCUCCAUAUCCAUCAAAGGAUGCACACAGGAGAGAGACCACAUAAAUGUGUGGAAUGUGGAAAGAGCUUCAGUCAGAGUGGAAAGCUCCAUUCCCAUCAAAGAACCCACACAGGAGAAAAGCCACAUAAAUGCAUGGAAUGUGGAAAGAGCUUCAGUCGGAGUGGAGAUCUCCGUAACCAUCAAAGGAUGCACACAGGUGAGAGACCACAUGAAUGUGUGGAAUGUGGAAAGAGCUUCAGUCGGAGUGGGCCUCUGCGUAUCCAUCAAAGGACUCACACAGGUGAGAAGCCACAUACAUGCAUGGAAUGUGGAAAGAGCUUUAAUCAGAGUGGAAAUCUACGCACCCAUCAAAGGACUCACACAGGGGAGAAGCCACAUACAUGCAUGGAAUGUGGAAAGAGCUUCAGUCACAGUGGAAGUCUACGUUUCCAUCAAAGGACUCACACAGGGGAGAAGCCACAAAUGCAUGGAAUGUGGAAAGAGCUUUUGUCAGAGUGGAGAUCUCCAUAUCCAUCAAAGGAUGCACACAGGAGAGAGACCACAUAAAUGUGUGUGUAAAGUGUAUGAUUUUAUUUUGUUUAUGGAUGACAUGUUUAUUUGAUUUGUUUAAACAGUCAGGUUUGGUUAAUUUAAAAUGGUGAGUAUUAGAGCUGAUAAUACCAGGAGGUAGCCAGCUCAGCAUUGAAGGACAGGUUGCCAUGACAACGGGGGCGGAGCCAACCGCCAUUUGGAAAGGAAAAGGGGGAAUGUUUUAAAACCCAGUUUGAGUCUGUGAUUUCUAGUCGCAGGGAAAGCACUGAUUCUCAUGUGGAGGAUCAGGGUGGCUCAAAUAAAAGAAUUUGAGUCAGAUCUAAAAUAAAGUGACUUAUUUUAGACAGUCUGUGAUUUUGAAUCACAGGGAGCAGUCUGGUUUCAAGACUGAAGGAAACCAGGAGGGACAGACCUCUAUUAGGCCAGACUAAGCAAGUUAGGGGACUUGUUUAGGGUUAUUUAUAGAGGCUGUGGAUUAGGGAAAGUUAAUCCCAGUGGAUCCAGGAGAAUCAGGUUCUAGUUUAGUUUGGAGGAAGAAGUAUUUUGAAAGUUUGAACACCUCAUAUCUGUUUGUAACCAUUAAGCUAAGUGCCUUUUACAAAAUAUAAGAAACCAUCAAGCUCUGUACAUGCAAUAAACUUGUUUUAACUUUUAUUCCA